AUAUAUAUAUAUAUAUAUAUAUAUAAAACGACGAGACCACUUUUGUUCUAUUUGCCUAGCUUCAAGUUUCAGUCUCGCAGAAGAAGAAAAGAAUAUGUCGAUGGUUGAAAAAUACAACGAGAAAGAGCAACACGAGGAGUUUGUUGGGUUUAGGUAUCAUCCUACGGACCAAGAACUCAUCCGCUAUUGUCUCGGGCGUAAUAAGGUUGCCAAAACAUCGAAUAAAGUAUUAGAGUUACAAGACAAGACCGAUUUAUAUGCCAAAGAGCCGUGGCGGUUGACUCACACAGAGACAGACUUUUUCGAACCUAAUGAGUGGUACUACUUCGUGACACUGGCUCAGGUCUCUGGAAGCCGCAAAGUCAAGGGAGAGACGUGUGAGGGGCGUUGGAAAGCCCUUGGGAAGCUGAGUGAUGUUCUAUCAAAAGAUAAGCGUGAGGUGAUUGGGAAGAAGAGGAUUCUCAGUUUCUACGUCAAAGGUGAGAGCAACUCGAGUGGUUGGACCAUGACGGAAUACUAUCCCCUUGAUGGUUGCUCAUUCCAAAGUCAAGUUCUCUCCCACCUUAAAGGACCAUGAUUAUGUGUGUGGUUUGGUUAAUUUUAGUGAAGAGGAUGAUGACUUCUACUUCUUAUUUUAUUUUUCUUCUAUGCAUGUAUAGUUUAAAAGUUCCCUAGUAAUCUUAUUAAUUUAUCAACAAAAAUUAUAUUUAAGGAGAAUAUCAUAUUUUUCUUGUU